CACACGGCUUGAAUGCAUGAAAAAAUUUCGUUUAUCGCCGAUUUUAAUUGAAUAAUCUACGUUAUUUAUAGUGAAAAUUCGUGUUUCGAGUGUUUUUAGUGAUUAUUCGAGUUGAGAUGCAACGACGGAACAAACCUCGUCUUACUUUGGAUCAGGAAUCACGCGUUUUGAACUGAAGCUAGCAACAGCCUCAACUCCAUCAUGGAUAUCAUCACGAACUAAUCAGUUUCUCGUAUAACAUCUUCAUUAGCGGAUUAUUGCACCGAAAAAACCAUCAGGAUGUCUCUCACACGCACGCAGCAAUUCACCAAUGGUUUGAAAUCCAAAAACGCCGAGUUUCGAAUGAAAACGGCGCGUGAUUUGUAUCACUUCGUACGAACCGAGCUUCGUGAAAUGUCACCCGAAGAACUAGCUGCGUUUUUGGACGAUUUUAAUCAUAUAAUAUUCGAAAUGGUAUCGAGCAACGAUGUAAAUGAGAAAAAAGGCGGUAUUUUAGCCAUAGUUUGUCUCAUCGGUGCUGAUGUUGGAAACACCAACAACCGUAUCAGCAGAUUCGCGUUGUAUCUGCGCAAUUUGCUUCCAUCUAGUGACGUAGGUGUUAUGGAACUAGCUGCCAAAACUGUUGGUAAAAUAACCCUCACGUCUGGAUCGUGUUCCGCUGGUUACGUUGAUUUUGAAGUUAAAAGAGCAUUCGAAUGGCUGAGCGGCGACAGACACGAAGGAAAACGUCACGCUGCUGUUUUGAUUUUGAGAGAGCUGGCUGUCGCUGUACCAACUUAUUUUUUUCAACAAGUGCAGCAGUUUUUUGAUCAUAUAUUCAUCGUUAUGCGUGAUCCUAAACCUGCCAUUAGAGAAACCGGAGCCGAAGCUUUGAGAGCUGCUUUAGUUGUAACUGCUCAGCGAGAAACUGCCAAACAAACUCAAAAGCCUCAAUGGUAUAAAAAUUGUUACGAAGAAGCUUGCAUGGGCUUAGAUGAAAUGCUGAUUCGUGAGAAAGGUAUCAACAGAGAUGACUAUAUUCACGGUUCAUUGCUCGUUUUGAACGAAUUAUUCCGCGUUAGUAACGUGCACUGGGAACGAUAUUACGAAGAGCUGAUGCAGAAGUUGGAAUUUAAUCAAAGUUUAUCGUUAGGGGAUGCUAUAAACGUUCUACCACCGUUAAAAUCCCCAUUAUCGAUAAAGAAAAACAAACAACCUGUCAUGAGCUCGCUAGGAUUUGGUUUAUCACUCGGAGGGACUAGUUCCGGAAAUCAAUUAGGAAUGCCUGAGGCAACUUUAUUACACGAGAGCUCUGUUUGUCGAGCCUUACUUUCCGAGCACUUCGACGAAGUGUGUAGCAAUAUUUUAUCCCAAAGGAUAUCGCGUAAUAUUUACAUUCAACAAAUUCUACCCAAAAUAUUACCUCGACUGGCGGCCUUCAAUAGAGAAAAAUUUAUUAAAAAGUUAGUCGCGGAUUUUCAAAUUUUAAAUGCGUUUUUUUCCCUCUUUGAAACUAUUAAAAUUUUAUUUUUCAGUCAUUUGAACGCGAGUAUGGUGUAUUUAUUGUCAACUCUGAGAAGUAAAGAUCGAGAUCGAUCCCUGGCAUUCACAACUAUUGGUUUGAUCGCUGUAGCAGUUGAAGAAAAUAUUAAACCCCAUUUACCCAAAAUCAUGGAAGUGAUACGAGCUUCUCUGCCAUCGAAGGAGGGUUCAACGAAGAAAAGAAUGCCUAAUUUGGAUCCUUCGGUCUUCAUCUGCAUCACUCUCCUUGGUCACGCAGUCAAAAACGAGAUCAAAAACGAUGUGAAAGAAUUACUCGAGCUUAUGCUCUCCACUGGACUCAGUUCAUCUCUAACUAUCGCCCUGAGGGAACUCGCCACCAAUAUACCAGCUCUCAAAAAAGAUAUUUCAGAAGGUCUGUUGGGUAUGCUGUCAAAGGUGCUAAUGAACAAACAAUUCAGACACCCAGGAAUGCCGGCCAACUAUUUACCCUCGUCUUCCAACUCAUCAAGCAUGAGCACUUCAACUUCCACAGCCGAAUCAGACGUUCCUAGCAUUGUCCUGGCUCUAAGGACCUUGGGAAGUUUCAAUUUUGACGGACAUUCUUUGCUCCAAUUCGUCUGUCGAUGCGCCGAUCACUUCCUGAGCAGCGAACAGCGUCAAGUGAGAAUCGAAGCAGUCCACACGUGCAGCAGAUUACUUAGAUUAGCCAUCGAAUCAUCAACUCAUCAACAUUCUGAAACUGUAGUAACCACCGUUGCUGAUGUUCUAGGAAAGCUGCUGAUGGUCGCUAUUACCGAUACAGAUGCCGAAGUCCGCCUAUCAGUUUUCGAAUCACUGGAUGAAAGCUUCGAUCAUUAUUUAGCUCAAUACGAAAAUCUCAACGCUUUAUUUGUCGGCUUGAACGACGAAAGCUUCGAAAUACGAGAAAUGUCCUUGUGCGUUGUGGGCAGAUUAAGUUACCUGAAUCCCGCCUACGUUAUGCCUUCGUUGAGAAAAACUUUGAUACAAGUACUGGCUGAAUUGGAACAUAGUGGAAUGGGUCGCAAUAAGGAGCAGAGUGCCAGAAUGCUUGAUCAUUUGGCUGUAAACGCUCCUCGUCUGCUGCGUCCGUAUAUGCAACCGAUUUUGAAAAUACUUGUACCGAAGCUGAAGGAAUUGGAGCCCAAUCCCGGCGUGCUGAUUAGCGUUUUGACCUGUGUUGGUGAUUUAGCUCAAGUAAAUGGCAGUGAAAUGAAACAAUGGACUGGCGAACUAAUGCCCAUUCUAUUGGAAAUGUUGGGAGAUGCAAGUUCGCCAGAGAAACGAGGAGUUGCCCUUUGGGUACUCGGUCAAUUGGUCGAAGCAACCGGUUACGUUGUCCAACCGUACAACGAAUAUCCCGCUUUGCUCGAUGUACUUUUAAACUUCCUCAAAACCGAGCAACAACCCAUCAUCAGACGCGAGGCUAUUCGUGUUUUAGGCUUGUUGGGAGCUUUGGACCCCUAUAAGCAUAAAAUGAAUCUGGGCCAAAUUGACUCCACCAUGUUGCUUUCAACUGCCGAUACUAAAUCUGAAAUAGAACUUGGAGCAGAAUUAACCACCAGCGAAAUGCUAAUCAACAUGAGUUCAUCCUCUUUGGAAGAGUACUACCCGGCUGUGGCUAUUGCUACGCUAAUGAAGAUCAUCAAAGAUCCUACUUUAUCGCAGCAUCACACCAUGGUCGUUCAGGCUGUUACGUUCAUCGUGAAGUCACUGGGCGUGAAAUGCGUACCGUAUAUUCAGCAAGUCAUGCCUGGUUUCUUGAACGUCAUCAGAACGUCGGAAAUCAAUUUCCGGGAUUUCCUUUUCCAGCAACUAGCUACUUUGAUAGUGUUUGUCAAACAGCACAUCAGGAAUUAUUUAGAAGAUAUUUUCAAAUUAGUCAAGGAAUUUUGGAUACCAGGCAGUCCAUUGCAAAAUACUUUAAUUCUGCUAGUCGAACACAUAGCUUUAGCUUUAGGAUCCGAAUUCAAAGUAUAUUUACCCUACUUAAUGCCUCAUAUACUGAGGGUGUUCACUCACGACACGAGUAAAGAUAAAUCAGUCACUGUUAAGAUGCUCGGAGCACUUCAAAAAUUUGGCAAUACUUUGGAAGAAUACCUGCAUAUGAUUUUGCCCCCUGUUGUGAAAUUAUUCGAUGCUCACGAGGUUCCGGUGACUGUGAGCAAAACUGCCAUUCAGACUAUUGAUUUAAUGGCGGAAACGCUGGAUUUUACGGAUUACGCGUCUAGAAUUAUACAUCCCUUGAUUCGAAGCAUCGAAGCCAUUCCGAAAUUGCAAGACGUGGCUAUGGAUUUAUUAUGCACGCUGGUUCUGCAAUUGCAACAAAAGUACAAGAUUUUCAUACCUUUGGUUAAUCGAACUUUAUCGAGGCAUUCGAUCGUUCAUCCCAGAUACGAGUUCAUGGUUAAUAAAAUAUUAUCGAGUAAUGUUAUUGGAAUUGAAGAAGAAAAAGAUUCGCUCAAGCAGCGUAAAUUGAAGCAAAAGAAAGCUGAUAUUUCUGCGACGCAGUCGGAAACGACGAUUAUCAAAAAGAUACACACCUCUGUUCCCAACUUACAAACUGCAUGGACAGCUAAUCGUCGUGUUUCCAAAGAUGACUGGAUGGAAUGGCUAAAAAGAUUGAGUAUCGGUCUACUCAAAGAAUCCCCAUCUCCUGCUCUGAGAUCAUGCUGGGCUCUAGCUCAAACCUACACGCCUCUCUCACGAGACCUGUUCAACGCUGCUUUCGUCAGUUGCUGGACCGUACUAACGAGUUCGGUUCAACAAGAACUCAUUCAUACCUUGGAACAAGCCCUAAUGGUGCCAGAUUUACCCGAAAUCACUCAAACCAUCCUGAAUUUGGCCGAAUUCAUGGAACAUUGCGAAAAAGGACCGCUCCCCUUGGAUCCUCAACUCCUGGGAGAACGAGCUAUCCAUUGUCGAGCUUACGCCAAAGCUUUGCAUUACAAAGAAGACGAGUUCCACAAAGGUCCUACGAGCCAAGUGAUCGAAUCGUUGAUAUCGAUCAAUAACAAACUACAGCAGAAAGAAGCAGCUGCCGGGUUAUUGAAUUACGUUAUGAAUCAUAAAGGCGAUAAUUUCAAAGUACAAGAACGUUGGUACGAGAAGCUAAACAGAUGGGAUACCGCACUGAAGUCGUACGAAGAACGACUGCAAGAGAAUCCCAACGAUAGUGAGUUGUCUUUGGGACGUAUGAGGUGUUUGGAAGCUUUAGGCGAAUGGACGCAGUUGAACGAUGUGGCUAACCAGCAAUGGAAUCUGUUCCCGGAGACUGAUCGUGAAAAGAUGUCUCGUAUGGCUUCGGCAGCUGCGUGGGGAUUGGGUCAAUGGGAUGCGAUGGAUCGAUACGUCAAUUGUAUACCUAGAGAUACCACAGAUGGGGCUUUUUACAGAGCUGUUCUAUGUGUUCAUAAGGAUCAGUUUAUUAUGGGCCAAAAGUUUAUCGACUCAGCUCGCGAGUUACUCGAUACCGAAUUAGCAGCCAUGGCUGGUGAAAGUUACCAAAGAGCGUACGGAGCCAUGGUCUCGGUUCAAAUGCUCGCCGAACUCGAAGAAGUCAUUCAAUAUAAACUGAUCCCCGAUCGAAGACCUACCAUCAGGAAGAUUUGGUGGGAUCGAUUACAAGGAUGCCAAAGAGUGGUCGAAGACUGGCAGCGUAUCAUUCAAGUGAGAACACUGGUUAUACCACCUCAACAAGAUAUGCAUACUUGGUUGAAGUACGCUUCGUUGUGUAGAAAAUCAUCGAAACUUAUGCUGUCUCAUAAAACUUUGAAAAUGCUAUUGAACGUUGAGAAUUUGGAAGAUGAUAAAAUAGCGGUUUCUUACGUUUAUCCUCAAGUUACAUUCGCCUUUUGUAAACACCUGUGGGAAUCUGAUAAGAAAACCGAAGCUUAUAACCAAUUGAGCGAAUUCGUCGAGAAAUUCCAGCAACAUCAAGGAGUAUUUUUCGGACCUCAAGACGACAAGCAGCAAGACAUGAGACGGCGAUUCUUAGCGAGAUGUUACUUGAAGCUAGGACAAUGGCAAGAAAAUCUACAAGGUACAAAUGAAAAUUCAAUCAUGACCGUUCUGCAGUACUACAGCCUUUCCACAGAUCACGAUACCACUUGGUACAAAGCUUGGCACUCGUGGGCUUACAUGAACUUCGAAGCUGUGCUUUUCUAUAAGCAAUUUUAUUCUCAACAGAAUUCCACCGAAACGAAAUACAUAUCGGAUUUCGCUGUACCUUCUGUGAGCGGAUUCUUCAAAUCCAUAGCCCUGUCUCACGGUAACUCACUCCAAGAUACGUUGAGACUGCUUACUCUAUGGUUCGAUUACGGUCAGCAUUCGGAAGUAUGCGAUGCCAUAGUCGACGGUAUCAAAACCAUCGAAAUAGAUACCUGGCUACAAGUGAUACCUCAGUUGAUCGCUCGUAUCGAUACGCAACGUGUACUCGUUGGUCGAAUCAUUCACCAUUUGCUGUUCGAUAUCGGUAAACAUCAUCCGCAAGCGUUAGUCUAUCCUUUAACAGUCGCCAGCAAAUCGGCCAGCAGCACGAGGCAUAAUGCUGCGAAUAAAAUACUCAAGAGUAUGUGCGAACAUAGCUCUACUCUCGUGCAACAAGCUGUGAUGGUUAGCGACGAAUUGAUCAGAGUGGCCAUAUUGUGGCACGAAUUGUGGCACGAAGGUCUCGAAGAAGCUAGUCGUUUGUAUUUCGGCGAACGAAAUGUCAAAGGGAUGUUCGAAACGUUGCAACCUUUACACAACAUGCUCGAAAGAGGUCCCCAGACUCUCAAAGAGACGUCCUUCAAUCAAGCUUAUGGAAGAGAUCUCGUCGAAGCCAUGGAAUGGUGUAACCGAUACAAGGUUUCUGGUAAUAUACGCGACCUGAAUCAAGCAUGGGACCUAUAUUACCACGUAUUCCGCCGUAUAUCGCGACAGCUACCUCAAUUAACUAGUCUGGAACUGCAAUACGUCAGUCCUAAGUUACUAAUGUGCCGUGAUCUAGAAUUAGCCGUACCUGGAUCCUACGUACCGGGCCAACCAGUUAUCAAAAUCGCCUAUAUUCAAAGCGCUUUGCAAGUGAUCACCUCCAAGCAACGGCCCAGGAAGUUGUGUAUCAAAGGAAGUAACGGUAACGAUUACAUGUUCCUUUUGAAAGGUCACGAAGAUUUAAGACAGGAUGAAAGAGUGAUGCAGUUGUUCGGUUUAGUUAACACUUUAUUGCUCAACGAUCCUAAGACUUUUAGGCAUAAUUUAACCAUUCAAAGAUACGCAGUCAUUCCGCUAUCGACGAAUUCCGGUUUAAUUGGAUGGGUUCCUCACUGUGAUACUUUACAUACGCUUAUAAGAGAUUAUCGUGAUAAGAAGAAGAUUCUGCUCAACAUCGAGCAUCGUAUUAUGCUCAGGAUGGCUCCAGACUACGAUCACUUGACUUUGAUGCAGAAAGUGGAAGUAUUUGAACACGCGUUGGAUACGACGCAAGGAGACGACUUGGCUAAAUUGCUGUGGUUGAAAUCACCUUCGUCGGAAGUGUGGUUCGAUCGAAGGACGAAUUACACGAGAUCGUUGGCUGUUAUGUCGAUGGUUGGAUAUAUUUUAGGACUCGGGGAUAGACACCCGUCUAAUCUUAUGCUGGACCGAUUAAGUGGUAAAAUUUUACAUAUCGAUUUCGGCGAUUGUUUCGAAGUCGCCAUGACGCGUGAAAAGUUCCCCGAAAAGAUACCAUUCAGAUUGACUCGAAUGUUGAUCAACGCUAUGGAAGUUACCGGAAUCGAUGGCACGUAUCGUAAAACUUGCGAAAGCGUCAUGUCAGUGCUGCAUCGUAACAAAGAUAGUCUAAUGGCUGUGCUAGAAGCAUUCGUUUACGAUCCUCUGCUCAACUGGCGUCUGAUCGAAGGCGGUGGCCAUGCUGGAGCCAACGGUAUCGUAGUUGUUCGCUCCUCCAAAGGCAGUAAUUCAACGCCUUCAGCUCCGUCUGUAUCUGCUGUCUCUGAGGCUGUGAACAGCGACGCUGAUACUCUAUCCGAUGCUGCUGCCAAUAGUAGUUUGAAUAUUGCCAAGAAACAACUCUCGGAGUCGAGUGGCGAAGCUCAACAACAGCCUGAGGCAUUGAAUAAGAAAGCUUUGGUUAUCAUUACCAGAGUUCGAGAAAAAUUAACCGGACACGAUUUCGAUAAAAAAUCCGCCGUCUCGGUUGAAAAACAAGUCGAACUGUUGAUUAAACAAGCUACCUCGAACGAGAAUUUAUGCCAAUGUUAUAUCGGAUGGUGUCCGUUUUGGUAAAUGAAGGAGAAAUACGUACCUACGUAUAUUUGAAACCAGCAAAACAAGUUAUUGUAUAAUCUUCGCUGAAUAAUGGCGAAGAAAUUGAUAGCAUUUUACACGUGUAUACCUGCGUUAUUUUUACACUAUUAUCUCGCGACAUUUGAUCAUGGUGUCGUGUUUUUGCAUUGUUGUUACCUUUUCAUUAUGUACCUUUUGUUCGGCCGAUAUGGUUUAUUUUUUUCUUUAUUUCUUUUUCAAUUUGUAAUUUUUAUACGAAUCAUUGUGAACUGUAACGGGGUUUUGCCUAUUUUGUUUUGUUUUGUAGAUAAAGAUAAGUCGGGUUGUUAGUGAAUAAUAUUUUUAUAGACUAGGAAACUUGUAUUUACGAUUACGAAGUAUAAAAAUGUGUAAUUUACGUACAUACGCGGUAUAGCGUGUAAUAAUUCUCGCUGAAUUUUAAUCAAAUUUAAAACACAA